CUCUACAGACCAUCCAUCUUUUGAGGAAGGUUACGAUGUAUGCGAAUGAUGUUCUCGAGUCCAACCAGAAUCUUGAAGGCUCUAAUGAGAGUACAGGCGGACAGACAGAGUUGCACAUCGGGAACUCACACAAUGAACCUCUUUGCUACACCGCUACGAUCCCAUCGAUUGAUGUCUGAAACGCCUUACUGGAUGGAGUCAGGAUCGUCGACACCUUGCAACUUGCAUCAAUUUGGAUUCGUUGGAUUUGUGAUGUUUUUUUCCUUUUGUUUGCUCAAAGUAAAUGAGUGCUCAAGUCAUUCAUUCAGUGGCUCUUUUUGGUAGAUGCCAUGCUUCAUACUUUUUUCCUUCAUGCAGCCGAUCUGAAGCCUCAUCAGCCUUUUUGUAUCUAAUGCUUACAUCAACAUAGUGUUUUUUUAUGUUGUUGUUGUUGUUUUCCUUUCAGAAAAAAACACGUUCUACAGUUUAUACAUGCUGAGAUUAGAAGCAGUAGUUCAGGAGCUUUCCAGAUGGAGGACCAUGUUCGAGACAAAUCUUCAACUGGUGAAGAAGAUUAAAUUAUUAGUUCCAGGUUCCGAGCCAAGAGAAAAGGCAAGAGAGAGAGAGAGAGAGAGAGAGGAAGAGAUGUACGCAGAAGCCGGGAUGCUGUCGCCGUUCAUGCAAAGCUUUCCACCAAUGGCCGAACAGCAUCUCCUUCCAUUCACAGAUCUCGAAGACUUGCUCACCACAAAUUUCCCUGAUGCUGCUUCCAACCCGACAUGUGCUAUAUCUGAGUAUGACCUGGGAGGAGAAGGAGAUCUGUUCAAAGCUCCAAAGCCCAUAUUAGAAGAAUCACUACUUGCAUUUGAUCCCAUGGCAGCAGCAAAUUCGAUGAUAUUUGGUGGUGAAAGUAUCAUCAUGGAAGACAAGAUUCAAAUAGCUCACAUGGAAUCAAUCCAAAAUGAAGAUCUAUUUUGUGAGGUCUUCUAUGACUGCAAAAAUGAUCUUCUUGCAAUAUCGACUGAUGCACCAGUUCCUGAGGCAGCAGACUUCAUGCUUCCUGUGCUGCAGACUGAAGAAGUUGCGGUUGGAGAAAACAAUAACAUCUUUGCAGAGGGGCCUUUGCAGAAGAGUGUCAGCUUUGGGUGUCUAAGGUCAGUAGACUGCACAAAUGGAUCUUUGCAGAGGGGCCUUUCCAGCAUUGGACCAUGUUUACUUGAUGUUCACGAAAUGAAUCUUGAAGCUGCAUUUGGAAUGAGGACAUACAGUGAAGGAGAUAUCCAGAGUAUUGGAAUCAUCAAUAACUUAGUUCAUGGUCAUAUGAACAUUGUUCCUUCCUUUAAGCUUUUAUCAACAAAUGAGGGUCUGAAGAUUGAAGAAAGAAUCCAAAAGCUUUCCAGGUACAGGAAGAAAAGAACAAAAAGAAAUUUUCACAGAAAGAUCAAGUAUGCAUGCAGAAAGGCCUUGGCCGACAGUCAACCUCGUAUACGAGGAAGGUUUGCAAAGAUGCAGAGCAGUUGUGCGAAGACUGAGCAUAAUGAUGCUGCAAACUGUAGAAACAAGGAAUAGGGAUCGUACCAGGAAAGAGCUUGCAACUUGUACUUCUUUC